AUGAAACUAAAGUGGGUGGGCAUGGCAUCAAGAAGGCUUCUUGCUCUAAGCCUCUUUGUGCUUGUCAAUGCCUUGGCCACCACUCAGCUAGCUCAUGCAGCCAAACCUCAUUCCAUCUCCUACUACAAUCGUACCAGCUUCCCUUCUGAUUUCCUCUUCGGAACUGCCUCCGCAGCCUACCAGUAUGAAGGUGCUGCAUUCGAAUAUGGGAAAGGACCUAGCAUAUGGGAUAAUUUUACUCACCAGUGGCCUAACAGUUCCUCCAAUCUGACUUUUGCAGAGAAAACUAACGGCGAAAACGGUGACGUAGCUACUGACUUUUACCACCGUUAUAAGGGUGACACCCAGAUAAUGAAGUUCAUGGGGAUGAAUGCUUUCAGAUUCUCCAUUUCAUGGUCUCGGAUAAUACCAACUGGGAAGCUGAAGGAUGGAGUGAACCCAAAAGGCAUCCUUUUCUACAAGAGUCUCAUCAAUGACAUCAUUGCAAAAGGGAUGGUACCCAUGGCGACCCUCUUCCACUGGGAUCUUCCUCAAGGCCUAGAAGACGCAUAUGGCGGCUUUUUGAGCUCUAAAGUAGUGGCUGACUUCGCAGAUUUUGCAGAUCUUUGCUAUAAACAUUUUGGUGACCGAGUUAAAUAUUGGAUUACAUUAAAUGAGCCAUGGACUUUUUGCUGGCAAGGUUAUGACAUAGGCACAUUGGCACCCGGCCGUUGUUCGGCAUGGAUGAACAGGAAUUGCACCGGUGGAAAUUCCGGAACUGAACCCUACAUUGUUGGUCACAAUAUGCUCCUAUCUCAUGCGGCCGCUGUCAAAGUCUACAGGGAUCGUUAUCAGAAAUAUCAAAAGGGCAAGAUCGGGAUUACGUUAGUCUCCCAUUGGUUCAUUCCCUAUCACAACACCACGGCCGACAGUGAUGCAGCUCGGAGAGCCAUUGAUUUCAUGUUGGGAUGGUUUAUGACCCCAAUACACUACGGGCAUUACCCUAAAAUCAUGCAAAAAAACGUCGGUUCCCGGCUACCCAGCUUCACCGCUGCUGAAACGGUGAUGGUGAAUGGAUUGAAUUACUACACCAGCAAUUAUGCUGCCGACGUUAGCUAUGUGAACCCUGUCAAUCUCAGCUUUUCAACAGAUAACCGCGCUAAUCUUACAACGCACCGAGAUGGGGUAUCUAUUGGAAUACCGGAGGGAGUAAACGAUUUUUACGUCUACCCACAAGGAUUAACAGAUCUCCUACUCUACAUAAUGACCAAGUACCAAAAUCCAACCGUCUACAUUACCGAAAACGGGAUGGGUCAAGUUGACAUCCACGAAGUGGAAAAAGGAGUCAACGAUCCUCAGAGAGCAGUAUUCUAUGCCGACCAUCUUAAAGCUGUUGAAACGGCCAUGAACAGUUUAAUAUUUGGUACUAAUCCUGCUAGUCAUGACAGGGUGGGCGCGAACGUAAAAGGUUACAUUGCAUGGUCAUUUUCAGACAACUUCGAAUGGUCUUCUGGCUAUAAUCCAAGAUUCGGCAUUGUUUAUAUUGAUUACAAGAAAAAUCUUACGAGACACCUCAAACGUUCGGCAUAUUGGUUCAAGAAAUUUUUGCUUGCUUAA